AUGAAAGAUAUCUUGGUGAAGGUUGGUAUCAAUUCAAGGAUGAGUUCAAAUUGUUACACUAUGAUUGAAGCCCAGCGGUUGUCAUUCAUAAGAGAAAACCAAGACAAAAUUCGUUGUGAUGUACUAAGUGGUCUACAAGAAGCUGUCGAUAGAGGAGAUGUGGAUGCAUCAACGGUCGGAAAACGCAUUAUUUUGCCUGAUUCUUUUACUGGAGGUCCACGCUAUAUGUUUAACAAUUGUCAAGAUGCAAUGGGAAUCUGCAAGAGAUUUGGUUAUCCUGAUCUGUUCAUAACUGUUACAUGUAAUGCAAAUUGGCCUGAAAUCCGUAAUUUCAUUGAUAGAAGAGGGCUUCAACCUUCCGACCGACCAGACAUUAUUUGUAGAGUAUUCAAAAUGAAAUUGGAUCAAAUGAUGGCAGACUUCAAAAAAGAUCAAAUUUUUGGCAAGGUUAUAACUGCAGCCAGCUUGGACAACGCCUAUGUUGUUCCUUACAAUCCUUUUCUGUUGAUGAGGUAUCAAGCUCAUAUUAAUGUUGAAUAUUGCAAUAAAUCUAAUGUCAUCAAGUACUUAUUUAAAUAUGUGAAUAAAGGUCCUGACCGUUCUAAUGUUGAGAUCUCCGAUGGCGACAAGUCAAAUCAGCCUGUUGAUGAAAUCAAACGAUUUUAUGACUGCCGAUAUUUAUCUCCGGCAGAGGCUGUAUGGAGGACAUUUGCGUUAGAAUUCUAG